UUGUUUCUGAUCUCGGACCCCAGGGGAGUGGAUCAGCGACGCUUUAGAGUAUUGGACGUGGAUGCAAAAGGCAAUCUAUAUCUUUAUGGGACGGCGUUGUUCUGCAAGAACGAAAUUAUCAAACGAUUGAGAAAUGGAACGUACAGUUUGGCAGAGCAAACGGAACUAGGUAUGAUAUUUCUCUUUUAUUUUUUAAGACAUUGGUAUAAACUUAUCAAGAAAAGCGAGAUUGACUUGAAUACUAGUGUGCUUUUCACCUCAUGCCCUUGCAUUUCACGUUUUAUGCCAUUUAAUGUCAUCCUUUCACGAUUGGGAAUUUCAAAAUGUGUCUGUACUUGUGUUACGUACUUUCCCCGAAAAAUGAAACCCUUGUCUUGAGUGCACCUUUAACCAGGUCUAAGUUUCUUGGAUUACUUUUUCAUAUUCCUCUUCUUUCUGUUAAAAACCAAAUAUUUUUAUAUAACUGAGUCUUGAAUUGCAAUAUACCCAGCACCAAUCUGUGAUCCAACAAAAUAAUUGAGCUGGAGUUAUACUAUAUAUAUAGCAGAUUGGAUACCCUUAAUUUUAUUCUUUCGCCCGAAAUUUACCAGCGUUCAGUGAUAUACAUACAAUCAGAAAAUCAUUUAUGAGCAAAUUUGAUAGGAAUGCCCUCUGGCUACAUUUCUAUCUUGUUUUUAUAGACUUCAUAGGAUUGUCCAAAGACUUAGCAGUGCUGAACUGUAAGGUGCUCAAAGAGAAGUCCCCUUACGCCGUGUCAGGCGUCUAUUGGAAAGAUCCUGAUGGCGGUUCCCGUAGUAACGCUUUCCAGGUCUACUGCGACCAGCAAACAGAUGGAGGGGGCUGGACACUAGUUUACAGUUACACUUUCACUGCCUACUCAAGCUUCUGGACCGGCCGAAACGCUGUCACCCCGCGCCCAUCUUGGUCAGCUAGCGACGCUAACGUUCGAGUGUCUAAAACAGUUCCACUGAGCGAGACGCAGUAUGAGGCCAUGGACUUUUCUUUGUGGCGCAGCAUUGGCAAGGAAUUCCUGAUCAAGAGCAACAUCAACAACUGGAUCGCAUGCAAGGAAGGUUCUGGUAGCAUAGUGAAACAGAAGAAGGGGUCACUUUCUUGUAAACUGGUCAAGCAGGUUUCUAAUUAGUGCGCUUGAACGGUACCAAAAUCUAUGAGUCCUCCCAGUCGCGGACCUCUCCUCACUGCUGGAAGUACUUAUUACUACUUUGAUGGAGACACAAGGAUUAACUCACCAACUCAUGAUCCUUGUGGUACAAAUCGACCAAACCAGUUGAGAAACGUGCCAAACCCACAUGGAAACAUUUUUGUGCGCUGA